AUGUCGACUUCGACCUCUACGACGGACUCAAGUCUAGAUUCUUCCAACGCGUAUACAUUUCAACCACCACGAACAGCAAGGUCAAGAAAGCCAAAAACACCGCAAUCUCGGAGACCUUCAGCAUGGAAUAACAUAACACCCAACCUCAGAAAUACUAAAUCGCCCCCUAGACUCGAAAAACUGUUCCUCGAUUCGCCAAAGAAACGUAAACCUAGCCGAACACCAUCGAAAGUCACUUCAAAGGCAUCAGCUACACCGAAACGUUCAUCAACUCCAGCGCUCAAAACCGGUCUUAGCACGACACCAAUCGGAAAAGCGAAAUCCAGUCGAAAGAUAGCGUUCGAAUUCGACCAGCUUCCUUCUAUUGAAAGGUUUAAGAAAGCAGAACAAGCGUUGCGCUUGAAAGAGAGAGCACAGGCUGCAAAAUAUGGAUUACAAAGGUCAAUUGGUGGGAAUGAUGAGGAUAGAAAAAGAGUAAGGGAUCACAACUUGGAAGUGUUGAGGAAAGCUUCAAUAAACCGACCCAGCAAAAGACAACAGCUGUCACAAAUUGUACCGGGAAUCCCAAUUGAGAAGCAAGAUGAUGAAAUUGACCUAGAAAAACGCAACCCAGUACCAAUCCAAUACUCAUACCCGGAUCAUCAUGAAUUUGACCGCGAUGAUAAAUUCUUUAUAGCAAAAUUCGACGAGUUGAAUGAGAUGAUCAUGGACUUUGCUCAAGAUAACUUCAACUAUCGGGGUAUUGCUGAACAUAUCCUUGAACAUGGUCCAGACGUUUGGAAACAGUUACCAGAGAGUAAAGAUUUUGUGUUUUGGGCAAGCUUAGUAGCGGAAGCCGAUCCUGCAUGUGGUGGAUGGAAUGCAUUGUUAACAAAUAAUGAGUCGAGGACUUGUCUUGUGGCUGGUAUCAUUUCGAGAGUUAUAAGGGAGAAGAUCUUUAACGAGUUAUUAUUUGGGGCGAGGAAGGAUCAGACAGAUCAUAUGGAGAGUUUAGAAAAGACUUUACUUGUCAAUGAUGCAUAUCACAGAACAAACCACCGAGCACUGACAACCCGCGCCCUCCUCGACGGCGAAACCUUAACACCCCUCUUCUACCCCACCAUCGCAACCCUCACAGCGCAAACAACCCUCCUCCUCACCCCCCUAACCAAAUUCCUCCGUUCCCUCCCUCACACCCUCAACAACCCACCCCCCUCCCAAACCGCCGCCUACCAAUCCCUCCACUCCCUCCUCUCCAACGCAGCCUACCUCUCCCUCCUCAUCCGCCUCUCCCCCACAAUCUUCUACCUCCUCGACACGCCCCCAGGAACAAUCUACACCUCCGACCUCCACGAAAACAUCUCCCCCGAAUCCUGGACCCUCUCCAAAAACACCGUCCUCAAGACCUACGACCGCUCCCUAGCAGCAUACGAAGCCCGUCUCGCAGCCGCCCAAGCCCGUCUCCGCGAGCUCAUCCCAGCAGGCAAGUUACACACCGCACAAGGACGCCAGGCAAAAAAAGAGUUCGCACGCGCGAAACUGUCCAAACCUCUCCGUCCGGAGCGUACACAUCGAGCACAGUGCAAGAUAUCCUGUUUCCCGAAUGUAAAACGCUUCAAGCCCGGCUCGUAUCGCGACGAAGACCUGCCGCUGUACGCCAAACGCGGGUCUAGGGAGGUGGAGAUUAUCAAGGCGCAGAUUACAUGUUACUACGCCCCGUUGAACAAGACAGGUCCCGGUUUGCAGGAGUUUGUGGGUGGCAAGCCGUGGUAUAAGAGGGAUGCGUUUUGGAAUGCUGGGAUGGUGAUUGUGAAUGGGGGAGUGUUGGUUUUGAGUGUAGGUCUUGCUGCGAUGAGUGCGAGUGUGCUUUUGCCGAGAGUGGGCGUGGAUGUGUCGAUGGGGCCACUGGGUGGUGUGCCGUUGGGGAGGGAGGGUGUUGCGGAGGUGAUGCGGUUUGUUGAGAGGGCUGGGGCGAGGGUUUCGGAGGCUUGGGAGAGGGCUGUUAGGAAAAGAGGGUGA